UCUGUUAUACAGCAUCUUCAGUUCUUCCCUCAGAGGGAGGCAGAGACACCUUGAAGGGCUGAGUAUAAGGACAUAUACCGAGUGCCUUUUUAAAAAGUCACCAGAGCUGGGGGGGGGAGGGGGACAGGAACAGGCUUGUAACCAGAACUCAGUUGGACUUGUUUCUGAGAAGGCAGAUGCCAUGGAUUGGCUCCCUCACCGAACGGCUGCUUUUCUGUUCCUUUUGUUGGUACUCUUGGAUUUCAGCACAGGAUUUCAUGUAGAGGUAAAAGAAUGGGAUGAAAAUGGAAUGGCAAGAUGGAAAACCUUUAGAAGACAAAAACGUGAAUGGAUCAAAUUUGCUGCAGCAUGUAGGGAAGGAGAAGAUAAUUCCAAGAGGAAUCCAAUUGCCAGGAUCCGAUCAGACUGUGAAGAAAACAAUCCAAUCACAUACAGCAUCUCUGGAGUUGGAAUUGAUCGUGCACCCUAUGGAAUAUUUGUUGUUAACCCAAGAACAGGAGAAAUUAAUAUCACAUCAAUAGUGGAUAGGGAAGUGACACCAGUAUUUGUAAUACGUUGCUUUGCUAAACACUCAGUGACGGGUAUAGAUUUGGARCCACCUCUUGAACUUCGAGUCAGAGUUCUGGACAUAAAUGACAACCCUCCUGUAUUUGCUCAAACUGUAUUUACAGGAUCUGUUGAAGAGAGCAGCAUGGACAACACGCUGGUGAUGAAAAUCAUUGCAACAGAUGCAGAUGAACCUAACCACUUGAAUUCUAAGAUUGCCUUCAAAAUAGAGAGUCAGGAACCUGCUGGUCCACCCAUGUUCAUUAUGAAUAAAUACACUGGAGAGCUCCAUCUUGCAAAUUACCUUGACAGAGAGCAACAUAGCAGCUACACUCUUGUUGUGAAAGCAUCAGACCGGGAUGGGGCUGCAGAUGGAAUAUCAUCCCUUUGUAGCUGUAAUGUGAAAGUCAUUGAUGUUAAUGACAACUUUCCAACUCUUGCUCAAAGCUCUUUUUCAGCAAGUAUUUCAGAAAAUUCUCUCAGUUCAGAACUGCUACGAAUACAAGCUCUGGAUGCUGAUGAAGAGUUUACAGACAACUGGUUAGCAGAGUUUUUCUUUAUAUCCGGUAAUGAAGAUAACUGUUUUGAAAUUGUUACAGAUCGAGCUACAAAUCAAGGAAUCCUUAGAGUAAUUAAGGAACUGGAUUAUGAACAGCUUCGAAGUCACUCACUGAUGAUUGGUGUCAGGAAUGUAGCUGCCUUCCACCACUCUGUCGCACAGGACUAUCAAAUAUUUGGAACACCCCUCACAAUAGAAGUAAAAAAUUUGAUUGAACCACCAAGAUUUCACCCAUCUUCAGUUGUGUUUAACCUGGCACAUGGCGCAAAAGCGAAUUAUGUUAUAGGAACCUACACAGCCAUGGAUGAGGACACCAGAGCUAUCGCAUCAAACGUUGUAUAUAGCAUAGGACGUGAUCCAGCUGCCUGGUUCAGAAUCAAUCAAAACACUGGUGAAAUCACCCUGAACAAGGUCAUUAGCCGGGAUUCAGUCUACAUAGUCAAUGGGCAGUACCAAGCAGAGGUUCUGGCUAUCACCAGAGGGUCUCCUCGAUAUACUGCUACUGGCACCAUUGUGCUUUCAAUAGAUGACGUCAAUACCAAUUGCCCAACUAUUAAUACUGAAAUGAGGAAAGUAUGUAUGCAUUCCCCAUCAGUGAUUAUCUCAGCAAAGCCCAGGGAUGGUGAUCUAUAUGCUACCCCCUUUACAUUCAGCAUACAUGGUGAACCUCAGACUACAUGGAUUAUCAGACGAAUAAAUGGUUCCUCUGCAGAGCUAGUGGGCCAGAACAUAGACUUUUACCUUUACAGGAUCCAUGUGGUUGUAAGAGAUAGCCAAGGCCGACGCUGCGCUAGACCACACAUAAUUCCUGUGCAGGCUUGCCAGUGUGACAGUCGGAAUUACUGCACCAGUGGGGCCACAAGAAUAAUUAUCAUCGGUGGUGGUGGUGGUGGUGGCGGCACUGGUGGUGGCACCGGUGGUGGCACUGGUGGUGGCACUGGUGGUGGUACUGGUGGUGCCACUGGUGGUGGCACUGGUGGUGGCACAACUGGUGGUGGUGGGGGUACUGGAGGAGGCCGGGAAGAUGGAGGAGGCCAGCAAGGUGGUGAUGGUGGUGAUGCGGGAUAUGGAGAUUAUCAGCCCCACACAGAAUGGGAGAGUUAUACAGAUGGAUAUGAAGGAGGUGAGGAAGGAUACACUGCAUCCACUGAUGAUAGUUACACUGGAGGAGAAAAUUACGGCAGAGACUACCAAUCAAAUACCACACUUAGCGGUGCUGCCAUUGGCCUGAUGUUUCUCGGUGGAUUAAUAUUUGUUCUGAUCCCAAUUUUGAUGUCAAUGAGUGACUGUUGUGGCUGUGGACCUGGCGCCGCAGGUGGAGUUGGAACUGGAUUUGAACCUGUACCUGAAUGCACAGAAGGGGCAAUUCAUCCAUGGGGAAUAGAAGGUGCACAACCUGAAGACAGGGAUGUCUCACAUAUUCUUGGCCCAACAACAGCUGCAGGAGGUGAUUUUGGUGAACCUUCUGACAUAUAUAAUAACACAUAUGGAGGAGGAGGAGUAGUAGCUUCUGGUGCUGAAGAAACUACAGGGGUUGGCUAUGGCACUGGUACUGGCUACGGAACAGCUGGAGGAAUUUCUGGAACAGGGGAAGUAAAAGGGUCGAUUGGAGGAACGAUAAAAGAGUAUCGAGAAGGAGGCGUGAACAUGGCCUUCCUAGACAACUAUUUCUCUGAGGUAAUCAUUUGCUCUUCUCUGAGUUACAGCUGUGAGUGUACUUUUUGUUAGACUCUCCUCCCCAGG